CAACAUAUUGUUUUUUGUGCUACCACCCAUAUGCAUGUGCCUGUUCCGUCAGUAUGCAACUUACUUCAAUAGCGGGAUAUAUUUAAUAUGGGCUCUGCUCGUUGUUGUUGGCAUUGGGUCCGUGUACUUUCAUGCAACCCUCAGCUUCCUGGGGCAGAUGCUGGAUGAGUUGGCUAUUCUGUGGGUGCUGAUGUCUGCAUUAGCGAUGUGGUUUCCAAAAAGACAUCUGCCAAGAAUUUUCCGAAAUUACAGAUGGAGAUUUAAAGCAGUGGUUGGAGUGGUGUCUGGAAUUACCACAGUCUUGGCAUUCAUUAAACCUGCCAUCAAUAACAUCUCCUUAAUGACGCUGGGUAUCCCUUGUACCAUCCUACUCGUUACUGAGCUCAAGAGGUGAG